GUUACGUCACGCGGUCGUUGACAAUCGUCGGAGCAUCGUCGAGAGUCGAGACUCGAGACACGACACGAGCGUGGUCAGUGGUGGUGCUUUUGCUUGAUCGCCUGUGAUCGCUCGUGAUCGCCUUGUCGAGUGAUCGGUCGAAGCCAACUUGCGCGAAGCCGCUCGUACGGUCGCACGCUGUCGUAGUCGUACACGUCGUCCACCCCCGUCACUCGUCACUCCGUGCGUACGUAUCGCAUAUCGCAUAUCGCUGAUCGCUGAUCGCAUCGCGUACGCGCGUCCUCCGUUUGGGUUAGUCGGUUCGGAUUCGGGCGAGAGACCGUCUCUAGCCUCGCGUCUCGGCUAUAGCUUGUAGCUUGUAACCUGUAGCCUGUAGCCUGUAGCCGCGGUCGCUCCUGUCGAGUCACGGCUUAAAGUCACGCAACGCAACUGAUCAAAGUCGAGUGCGAUCGUCUUGCGCGCGUCGUGCAUUCACUCGCCGUGAGCCACUUUGCUUGCAUUCGGGCUCGUUUCGACAUAUAACCUCAAAAGCCUUCGUGAAUGUUGAUAGUUUUCGCAGCCUUCGCGGCCUCCUUUUCCUCCUCUUCUCCUCCUCCCUCUCAUCCUCGACAUUCUCAUCUUUAUCCUCAUCCUUGCCUUCGCCGACGGCCUUCCUCCCUCUCGUGGUCAGUCGUUUCCGUCGUUCCGCGAGAACGUUGCCGACGAACGUAAGAGCGUCGCCGUCUACGGGCCUACGGAUCUUUUCGACGUCGAGCGGUCAUCGGUCAAGUAGUCAAAAUUCCGGUCCCUACUAGGAAACGAGAGGGCCUCCAACAAACCGGUGGCAGAAAUCCAUCAGCGCGUGGCCAAGAACCGUCGGGCAAAAUGAAUAGCAAUAGCAAGAGGAAGAACCGUACGAACAAUAACAGGUACUGCCAAUCACUUGGCUUUCCUCGUCAAGAUCAUAAUAGCAGAUCUCCACGGGCGCGCGGGCCGCAAGAGAGAUGCGUCGCAGCCGAGGGGGUUUAUAACAAUGCUCAUUUUAUGCAUGCGGUCACUAGCCACGUUGGCAACAUAGUGCAGAUUCAAACUCAAAAUGGCUCGGUGUUCGAGGGCGUGUUUAGGACGUUCUCGAGUCAAUUCGACGUAGUGCUGGAGAUGGCUCAUCGUGUCGAGAGCUCGGGAAAGAUUAGCGUAGAUAGCGUAGUAGAGAAAUUAAUUUUUAACCCGAAAGACGUUGUCACUAUAUCUGCCAAGGAUGUCGAUUUAGAUUAUGCUAUAAGAGAUACUUUCCAAACGGAUACCGCCAUUAGUAAGUUUAAUGGUUUGAUCGGCGAGAAGGAACUCGAGCCCUGGGAUCCGCCGACUACUAUGAAUGGAGCCGAUUUAGAAUUGGACGGUGCCGCCAACGGUUGGGACGUGAACGAAAUGUUUCGUAAAAAUGAACAAGAAUACGGAGUUCAAACCACGUUUGAGCCUUCCUUGGUCGGUUACACUCUACAACUACAACGUAAAGACACAAAGGAUUAUAAGGAACAAGAGCAAAAGGCUGCUGAGAUAGCAAAUGAGAUCGAAUCUCAACCAAAUCACAAAGCUAGAUUAGAACUGGAAAACGGCGAUGAGGAGGAAAGAUUUGCAGCUGUGUCACGACCUACUGAGGGAAAAUAUAUUCCGCCACCGUUAAAAAAGAAAAAUGGUAAUACUAGUAAACUGAUGCGAUCCGGUCAGAGCGAGCCUCCAUCCUCGCCAGGAACCACCAACAACAAGAAUGUCUACAGUCAACCCCCUCCGUCCACGGUCAAUGUAAAUGUCCCGCAGCCGAGCAUGCCGGUGGGAGUACAGCCUGCUCAUACCUCGGUGCAACAUCCAGUAUCCUUAAAUAUGAGUAUGCCGCCCAACGGAGUGGUUGUUACGUACAAUAAUCCGCCACCGCCGUUUGUGCCUCCACCGACGACGCAGUCGCAGCAAGCAAUCCAGCAGAAUCAAUCGCAACCUCAAGUUACUCCUUCGAUGGCGCAAGUAAACUUUCCACCGCAACAACAGACGCCCCCGAGUAAAAUAAAUACGGAGAAACGUGAGCGACCUGGCAGACAACAGGUUUAUCAAGCUGAUAAAGCGCCACCAGCACCAUUUCCACAAUCAAACGUUGCGUCUUCUCAUCAGCAACAACAGUCUUCGCAUCAACAACAUACAUCAUUGACGCAACAGAACUCGGUAGAAGGGCAAAUAGUCAUACAUAAGUCGGACCAUAGAAAGGUUCCAACACCACGUGGAAGAGAAGAACAGCAUUCGGAAUUGAGACAAUUUGCCACGGAAUUCAAAUUAGCGGAAUCGCAGGGGCCGCCAGAUACCCCUCAAAUAUCCAGAAAACAACAGCAUCAGCAUCAACAAGACGUGCAUUCCGCUACUCCAAUGAAUCAGCCGCAUCACCAAGGUCCCCAUCAACAUACGAGUCCACAACAGCUACCGCAACAACAGCCACCUACGCAGCAGCAUACCAGUCCUCAUCAGCAACAUCAAACUGUACAAGAUGAACCAGUUACCAGUAAGCCACCACCUGGUCCAUCCAUAGUAAGAUCGACAAGUCCGCCUCAGCAGCAACAGCAGCAGCAACAGCAACAGCAGCAGCAACAGCAACAGCAGCAACAACAACCACAACAACAACAACAACCACAGCAACAACAACAACCACCACCGUCACAACCACCUCAGACUAAUACUCCGGUGACGGUGCAACAAUCUCCAUCGGAACCCGCGGUUGAUAAGAUAACUACUGCUUUUAAGAAAUCUACUUUAAAUCCAAAUGCUAAAGAAUUCAAUCCAAAUGCCAAACCAUUCACGCCGCGCUCACCUAGCACACCGACGCCUAGUCGACCGCAUACGCCACAGACUCCUCAGUAUACAGGGGCGACUAUGCCCGCGACCGUUGUUAUGCCGGCAUACGUAACGCCAACAGCUUUCAGUCAACCACCUGCUCAACAAGUGGCAAGGUUCCGGAAGGUGCCAAUGAUGCAGCAUCGUGCGCCAGAUAUAGCGUCUCAGAUGCAAGUGGCCGCAGCGACGGGACAGCCGUUAUUAGCGCCAGCUAUACAUCCAUUCCAGGUGCCUUAUCCAGGACAACCGGCGUACCAACAAAUGGUACGAAUGGUCCAGGCACCGCCGCCACCGCACAUGGCUACUCCGUACCAUCAUCACCAUGACUCGCAAGGUCCACAAGCCCCCGGGUUACAAUACAUGGGCCCGCACACUCAUCCGCACCCUCACGUAGCUCAACAGCCGCCUAGCCAAACGCCGUCCCCGGCCAAUCCGAAUCAACCGCACACCCCGGGUGCUUAUAAUCCGCCCGGUACUCCACAGCCUACGUAUCCGCAACCUCCGCCGCAAAGUCACGCGCCGAGCUAUCCGAUCAUGUGCCCUAUAAUUCCAUCUCACUUACCGUCAAUUCCACCGCAACACAUGCAAUACCUGCAACCGCAGCCGCCUCCGGGUGCGCAGCAGACUAUACCUGUCAUUUUACCGCACAAUCAGUAGCCGUGACAUAAAGUAAAGGAAGAAAAGGAAGGAAGCACUGUUCUAGUAUUCUGAAAAAGGUAGGAUAAGACUUUCAAAAUUGAGUUACUUUCAUGAUGGCCCCGAUCGAUCGGCUACAAAUAUACUGAGCGAUAUAAAUAUACCUAUUCAGCGUCUCAAUCGUCUCAACUUUGAUGAGCAGCUUGAGAGUCAUCUCGCGUUACAUUUCGUUGCGGCAGAGAGAAAGAAAGGGGCAAAAUAAUUUCAGCCGGUAAUCACGGCGAAGCAACGAUAUCCCCCGAUAUACCGAAUGGUACUAUAAACGGAUUCUAAAACUGGUGUCUCUCACCAAAGAGAGUGUUGACCAUCUUGAAAGUAACCUGUUAUUCAAAAAUAUUCAAAUGUAGGUCGAUCGUUGAAUGACCUAUGGCCUGUAUUAUCGUCGAGUCCCUUGAAAAUUUCGUUGAUUAUUAUUUUAAUCAAGUUUUAAAAUUGUAAAAUGAUAGUUUAUCAUUAUGCAAUUUCGCAAAAUUCUCUCACAAGUUCACUUUUGUCGGCGUAGCAUGUGUAUCGAAGAAUAUACCUAUAUCGAGAAAGGGUCGACGCGACUUUUUCGAGAUCGUGCAUUUUUAUCGAGUAGUGCUCAACUCAACUGUCGGAGAUAAGACGAGGACCGCUCUCGUUCAAUAGACGUAUUUUAAAUUCAAGGGUUUGAAUUUUGUCUCGUACAGAAGAAAGCUAAGCUUGCACUACUUUGUCAGGUCAGGUAACAACCAAGAUUUAGCGAGAGAAACAAGAUUGUUGACGCGAGCGACGUCAUCUCUCUUUUGCGCUCUCUCCCUCCCGCCUGCCCGCUCGCCCCUCUCCUCCCCUCUCCCUCCUCUCUCCUCUUUCCUCUCUCCUCUCUCUCAUUUUCUGUCUCUCUUCUUUUUUCCGUCGUUUUUAAUUGAGAUAAUUAUUGAAAUUAUACGAGAAUAAAGUAUAUGGAAGUACACAUGGCAUUGCAUGGCAUAUUUUUCUGCCCGUGACUGACAAUGGGUGUCACGUCGAUUUGGAGUAAGGAAGACGUCGGAGAAAAAAGAAGAUGGGACGAUAUCGCGAUUCCUUCGAGUUUAAUUUGAGAACGAAAUGAGCGAUAAUUAACGAAGCUGGAGUACGGCUUGCAGGGUAAAACACUAGCGAGAUACGCGAUUCUGCGAUUUGUUGACAAUGAGUUUUGUUACUUGUAUCUGAUAUGCGAGGUGUUGAUAUGCGCGCAGGAUCUUUGAACGCGAAAGAUAUAGACUAUGCGAGAUAGAUACGCAACAUGCGACGGCACAUGGACGAUCUCGUGCUAUAACUCGGCGUUAAAAAACGGUGCGAACAGCAGGCAUUCGAGAGGUACAUAAUUUGCAUUUGCAUGUCUUGGACAUUUCAAGUUUACUAUCGAAAUUUCAAUUUAUUUCAAUAAAUUUCAAUAGUAAACUACAUACGUUUGUAUAGCCGUUGUGUUGUACUCUGCACUAAUGGCAGACAACCUGCGUUUUCCACAUUUUCCACAUUUUCCACAUUUCUCAAUGCUACGUACGCAAUUAACAGACGCAAGAUCCAAUAAUGAGAAAAGCGCAUUGUUGGACAAUCGAUACGUUUAUAUUAGGUAUGGCGCGACACGACGCGUGCUUAAAAAGUUUUUGUCGUUUGAAAAAGAUAAAGAUAAAGAAAACUCGCGAUAUAUAUAUAUAUAUAUUAUUAAUAGCUUUGUUGCGCUCUCCAGAAAUCCGGAUUACUAAAGAUUGGCGCAUACAUUUUUGCGAGAUGUAAGAAAGGAAACGUGACGAGGCGCGCUAUCGUUUCUUACAUAUAUUUGGUGAUUAAUUUUUUUCAUUUAAUUUUACGCAAACGCGCUUGUCCGUAAAAAACAUCCGUGCGUAAUCCUGAUGAGAAGAAGAGAACGUGAUCGACUGUCACAUUGUUACCUUGUACGUUUUGUAACGAAGACAACGUUACUCGCGGGGCGGCGACUUUUGGCAGAGGUGGGGAGCAGGACGAUUGACGUACGCGAAUUCUACGACGUGUUUGCCAAUUAUGUACCUCUUAUCGACAAGUAAAAACAUAGAUACCACGGACUUAGAAAUCUAUCUGAACGUAGCGUAUACUGCCACGUAGGUCAAGGGGGGCAUGAGAUCAGAGGCGAAAAAGAAUUGCGUUUAGUAAGCCGGCAUCGUAUCUCUUCAAAAUGAUCGAGCACAUAAUGCACAGUCGCCAACUCUUUUUCUACCGAGUACUGACAGGAUUUAUAGAAAUUUAUUAUAAAUCUCCUUCCUAAUCGACGAUCCAAGAAUAAAGGGGAUAUUUGUGCGCUCGCCCCGCGCCCGCGCCCGCGCCUCGCUCAAUUAGACUCGAAAGGAUUAAAUUUGUAUAUCGUACGAUAUUAAACUUGUAUUUUUGUCGCGUAACCACGCGUGGAAUGCGAAUGCGUUGCGCGUGCGACGAAAGUAUAUUUUUAUUUUGCGUGCGUAUAUGCCAUAUCGGAAUAAGGGGUGAAGGGGAAGGGGGGAGGAUUAAAAAGGGGAAGAACGGGGAGAAAAGUCCGUUUGUUUUAUUCGCAGCUAGAGAUAUACCUACGCAUUGCCAAAUGAUUUGUCGGCAUUUGCGCGGCAUUGACUGACGUCGAGUUGAAAAAAAGGUGGGCAAAGUAUUCCCCCUUUCCUUCCCUAAUCGCCGCUAAUCUCAGUUUCCCCUUGUAGAAGGCUCCGUUCGGAUGAAUUUUUAAUCCGCGCUCGAUACCGAUUGGGAAAAGAAAGUUAAACAACUAUACGGCCUUAGACCUAAUCGUGUAUAUAAACGGAAGGAAGCAAAAACAACUUUUGCCUGAGAGAGAUAGUUGAAUGUGUGGCAUCGUUAAACAGAUUUUAUAUUAAAGAGAUUUAAAAAAAAAAAGAAAAACAUCAAAAUAAAAUCAAUACGUUAAAAACCAA